UUUAACAUCGUGCCUCCCACAGCAUUAAUGGCUUCAGGUCACGGACGUUAUCACUCCUGACUUUCGGUUCAACGUGUUAAAAUACUUUUCCUGCACCUUUGAUAAACUGUUGCACUAUGUCACGGUCAGGUGGUAUUAUUGCCAGAAUUUGGCAUGGUCUUCAAAAGUCUCUAACGAGGGAAAGUCAAGUAGUGAAAAUGGUGGGAGAAGAUCACUUAGGCAACAAAUAUUUCGAGAAACUUGCAGAUCCAGCUAGAAACAGGAGAGCCUCACGAUGGGUAGAACCACGUGAUGCCAGACAGAGCGAUGAUCCAACGUUUAUUCCUGAAGUACCUAUGGAAUGGGAAGCAUGGCUUCGAAAACGAAGGAAUAAUCCUCCCACACAAGAGGAAAUAGACAUGAACUAUGCCAUUGGGCUCAGAACACAGAUGUAUGCAAAAGAGCUGGAGGAGAAGAUGAAUUCGUCCAGAGAACCAGCAGCAACUAAUAAAUCUUACACAGAAACAAUCACUCAAGGUCAUUUUACUAGUGAAUUUCCCAAAUACGAGGAUUAUGAACAGACACCAGGUGAAUCCCAGACGAGAAAGAAGCAUCAAGAGAAAUGACACAACUUUCUUGUCAGUUCCAUUGCCGUGUGCUAAAAAGAGGCUGUAGUAACAAAUGCCUUUAUGGACUACAUUUUCCCACAUAAAGACGAGCUGAAUGUGACUUCCAGAAAUUCUUUUAGCAGCACAAAAUGUUAAAUCAUUUUUAAGACUGUUACUAAUAGUGACAAAGAAGUCAAGUGUGGUCCACUUUCAAAGACUGGAAUUUUAAAAAGGGAAUUAUUUGCUUAAUACUAAAGCAAGUAUGACAUCCUGAGGAUUCAACAGUGUACCCAAACAUCUAAAACUUUUGAGCAAUUGGUUGAUAGAAUCCUCUCAUGUUGCUCCGACAUACAGUAUAUAAAAAAAAUAUGAUGGUUGCUGAGAAAAACUUUGACAGCAUUUUGUAAAUGAAAUCAACUGAGAUGCUAACUCAUAGCAGCUGCUUCAGCAUUAGUUGACUUCAGUUCACCUUCAAUAUGGAGUGAAGUGCAAGAACAAGUAUUUGUGAUUUUAGAGAAGAAUGUAUGAAUGUAUGACUUUGGCUAUACUAUAACAUUUUCUGCAAAAUAUCAUAUACAUCAAUGUGAUUCUGGUUGUGAAUAAAAUGGUACAAGCUGUAUUGAUGAUGA